AGAAGCCACCACCCCAAGACUGAAGAUGGAAGCCCUCUUCUUGCUGGGGUUCGCCUGCCUCUGCUGCCCAGUGGCCACCUUGGUGCUGGACUUCAACACCAUCCGGGGUUCGGCUGAAGUGUCCGCUGCCAGAAAGAGCAGCCAGUGCCUAGCCGACAAGGACUGUCCAUCUGGGAAAUUCUGCCACAGGCCCAGAGAGGAGCCUCCAAUAUGUGCCGCAUGCCGAGGGCCGCGAAGAAGGUGCCAGAGGAGCUCCAUGUGCUGCCCAGGGAUGCUCUGCAUCAACGAUGUUUGCACUGCGAGUGACCGGAUGGUGCCGGGUGGAGGGCAGAAGAAGUCAAAGGAGCCACGGAGGCCGAACCCGCUUCCAACAGCAGGGGUUGCCUUGAAGGAAGGGGGCACCCAAAGUCCACCUGGCGAAGCUCCGGAGGGCAAGAGCUGCCUCCGCUCCUCCGACUGUGCCAGGGGCCAGUGCUGUGCCCGCCAUUUCUGGACCAAGGUCUGCAAGCCGGUGCUCAGUGAGGGCCAGGUCUGCUCCAAACGAGGACAGAAAGAAGGCACUCAGGGCCCCGAAAUCUUCCAGCGCUGCAGCUGCGGUUCGGGAUUGUCUUGCCAGCUGCUGCUCGGAGGGGCACCCAAGCCGUCUCGGCUGCGCGUUUGCCAGAGGAGAGCCGACAAGCCUCGGUCUUAG